AUGCCCUUGCCUGCCGCCCUCGCCCGGGCCGCCACGCAACUCCUCCGCGGGAGCCUCCCUCCUGCCGGCUCCGCCGCCUUCGUCUCUCCUCUCUUAUACCGCUGCCACCGCCAACUCUGCGGUACCCCUACCGCGGACGAGCCCUCCGCCGCGGGACCGUGGGCCGAGGCCGAGGCGGAGAUCCUCCGCGACGUCGAGCCCGUCGUGGACCUCGUAACGGACAUCAUCCACUCCCGCAGGUAUAGAAAUGACGGAUUUCUAAGCCCAGAUGAUGAAAAGGUUGUAACAGAAAAGCUUCUUUCCCAUCAUCUUCGUGCAGAAGAAAAGAUUGGUUGUGGGCUUGAUGGUAUAAUGGAUGUGAAGGUGUAUGGGCAGGCAACGGAGGCAGCAUGGAGAUGGGGGCAUGUGGCGCAGCAUUGGACAUUGGCAGUGGACAGGGUGACCAGACUGGACAUGCAAAUGAUGAACAAGUUGAGGGUGUUCGUGCCUCAGCAGAGGCUAUCUAGUGCGACGAACAAGUUGACAGGCACCCUGAGUUCAAUUCAAGAUGUCUCUUUGUCGAUAGAACAAGAAGCGCUCCAAACUUUUCCGUGUUCAGAAGAAGGCCACGAUGGAUCCUUUGCCUGCUGGGCAGUUGCCAGGAUCUUAGGUUUCCCUGCUCAUGGUGAUGCUAUGGUUAGGACUGUCUUGACCAAUCUACGUGAGCAGUUUAGCCUUAUAGCUGACCUGUCAAGUGAAAGGCCGUUUCUAGCUGACCUGUCAAGUGAAAGGCCGUUUCUCCUGUCUUUGGUGAUGGGCUUAGAAGUGCUGUAUGGUCUCUCUGGUGAACAGAUUUGA